AUGGUGAUGUCUUUGAUUGCAACGCAAGUUCUUGUCUAUCAAGCUCUUGUGUCAGCAUUACCGCUGGCUACAAACUCGGACGACGUUAUCAGACUACGUCGUAACGACGCCAACUGUCAACCUCCUCAAGAUAUCAACCAACUCUUCCAAAGUCUCAACGCCAACAAUGACACCUUGGUCUUCUUACGUCUUGCUCGGGAAGGCAUCAGGCCGUACAAUAACACAGAGCUGAACACAGACACCAACAACUACAGUAUUACCUGUCCCGGCAACGUCAGUGACGACCCUAACGACCCCCUGUGGAUGAGGUCCCUCUGUCCCUGGUACUACAACGUCACCAACUACAACGGCCAAUACCCAAGCGUCAUCCCCGAGGCCGUGUGUAAGUGUGACAAGUGCGUUGACAAUAACCAAAACCAGUGCGAGAGAGUUUCCACUCAAAUCCGAGUUUUAGAAAAAACUGGCUGUGAAAAUGGUUUUUACAAAUACAAACCAAAAACGUUCACUUACUAUGCUGGUUGCACGUGUGCGAGCCGCCGCACUACAGACUCAAAACCAGUCGGUUCUGGCGGAAGUUCCGACCCCCCGAUGUGUGGGGAUUAUGGAUGUGCACAGUAAUGUCUAGUCACACGUUCCACGGUACCCUAGUUCUCAUACUUGUACAUUCAAGCGUAUUGAAACAUCCAGUCAUUCACUUUGUGACUCGUGUCCUACAGCUGAGACUAUUUUGGCGAUGGCCGACAUCAGGAAGCCCUCGUCUUCAGCUCAAGAACUUCACCAUUGUGAUCCAGAAGGUCUCACGGAGUUGUAUUGUUGUAUUCCAUUCUGGGCAUGAUUCGAUACUUAUUUCAUUUCGAACACAUUGACUGUUUCUUGACCGUGUUACACUGUGUUACGCGAUAGGCAUGUGUCAUUCGCCAGCCCUUCAGCGAGCGAGUGAGUGAGUGGAUGGGUGAGUGAGUGAGUGAGCGGGUGGGGAGUGGAUGAGCGAGGUAUUUUGAAGACAUUUGAACAUAUCAGACGCAAUAACAAUAUAUGUAUUCAUUAUUUUACAAUUUUAUAUAUGUUUUACUAGUCUUUC